CUUUCCCAUUCUAAUUUCUAAUUUAAUGUAUUAUUCUCUUUUUCUUCCUUCUUACUCUGAAGUUGAUCAACUUCAAAAUCUGUGUGUGCCAUUUUUCUUGCGCCAACACAGAAACAAAGAAUCAAGCUCGAAACUUUUUCCUCUUUGAUUCAAUGGGUAGAAGCGAAUCGAAGAUUUGAUCUGUGUUAAGUUGGGUAAGAAUUGCUCAGAGAAUAAAGGAAGGGAAAAAUAAAAAAUAAAAACCAAAAUGGGAACUUCAGAAGCAAAAGAAGAAGAGCUUGUGAAGAAGAUAGAGAAGCUUGAAGCUGGCCAUGUUCAGCUGAAGCAUGAGAUGUCGAAGCUGAAGCUAUCUGAACGCCGCCAUCAUCACCGCCACAGGUCGCACUCCUUGUCGCCGCAGCGUUCGAGGCUUGGCGGUUGUGGCGGUGGCGGGGGUGCUGCUGCUGGUUGUAACAACAAAGGGUCUUCUUCUUCACCCUUGAAGAGGGAGAGUCGCAGCAGCAAUAAUCAUAAUCAUAAUCACAAUCAGCACCAGAAUCAGAAUGAAGAUGGUGAUGGUGAUUGUGAUGGUGAUGGUGAUGUUGUUGGUGUGAAUGUUGGCCUUAGUGAGAAGCAGUAUAUGAACAUUUUGCAGUCAAUGGGGCACUCGCUUCAUAUUCUGGAUCUUCAAUGCCGGAUUAUAUAUUGGAAUCCUAGUGCCGAAAAUCUGUAUGGUUAUGCAGCAGUAGAGGCUCUUGGAAAAGAUGGGAUUGAGCUGCUCGUAGACCCUAUUGAUUUCGGCUUAGCAUAUGAUGUUUUCAACCAUGUCACUGUGGGGGAGAGUUGGAGCGGCCAGUUCCCUGCCAAGAACAAGAUGGGGGAGAAAUUUUCAGUUGUGGCAACCAACACACCAUUCUAUGAUGACGAUAGGAAGUUGAUUGGGGUUAUCUGUGUGUCCAUUGAUUCUAGACCCUUUCUUGAAACUCGAGCUACUUUAUCAGAUGUGAAGAAUGCUGCACCAGGUUCAGACUUGGAUUAUAACCACGCGAAGAGUGGCAUUUCAAAUAAACUUGGCCUUGACUCUCAGCAGCCACUUCAAGUUGCUCUAGCAUCCAAAAUUUCUAAUUUGGCAUCAAAGAUGAGUAAUAAAGUUAAGUCAAGAAUGCGGACAGGAGAAAAUGGUGUUGACCGUUAUGGUUGGAGCGGAGAAAGUCAUCAUUCUGAUCAGAGUUUUUCGGAUUAUGUUUUUUCUGACCAGAAAGAGGAUGGUAAUUCCAGUGGAGCUAGCACUCCCAGAGGUGAUGUACCACCUCCAUUCGGUGUAUUUUGUCAUGUUGAAGAGAAAUCACCAGCUAAAUCUUUGAGAGACUCUGGUGAUGAUGGCGAAGGAAAACCAAUUCACAAGAUCAUAACUUCUAAAGCUGAAGCAUGGAUUCAAAAGAGAACAUUGUCAUGGCCAUGGAGAGGAAAUGGUCAAGCUGGAUCCGAGGCAAGAAAUGUUCCUGUUGCUAGGCCACUGGUGCAGAAUGAUCAAGAACAUGAACUGGUUAAUCAGAUGAAUCUUUCUUCCGAGUCCAAGAUGGAAGUCCAGGCAGGUAAUCGGCCUGUUAAUAAUGAGGCUUCAGGAUCGUGGUCCUCAGUUAACGUUAACAGUACUAGCAGUACCAGCAGCUGCGGCAGUGGCAGCAGUGGUGCUGUCAAUAAUAAAGUGGAUAUUGAUACCGAUUGCUUGGAUUAUGAAAUCUUGUGGGAGGACCUCACAAUUGGAGAACAAAUUGGGCAAGGUUCUUGUGGAACUGUAUAUCAUGCCCUGUGGUAUGGAUCAGAUGUUGCGGUCAAAGUAUUCUCAAAGCAAGAAUAUUCAGAGGAUGUGAUACUAUCCUUCAGACAAGAGGUGUCUGUCUUGAAAAGACUUCGCCAUCCAAAUAUUAUUCUCUUCAUGGGGGCAGUGACUUCACCUCAACGUCUCUGCAUUGUGACAGAGUUUCUCCCACGUGGAAGCUUGUUUCGUUUGCUCCAAAGAAAUACAUCCAAACUUGACUGGAGACGGCGAGUUCAUAUGGCUUUAGAUAUCGCACGUGGUGUGAAUUAUCUUCAUCGUUGCAGCCCCCCUAUUGUUCAUCGAGAUUUGAAGUCUUCAAAUCUUCUAGUUGACAAGAAUUGGACUGUGAAGGUUGGUGAUUUUGGUCUUUCACGCCUUAAGCAUGAAACAUAUCUCACAACCAAAACAGGAAAGGGCACGCCUCAAUGGAUGGCACCAGAAGUUCUUCGAAAUGAACCCUCGGAUGAGAAGUCCGAUGUGUACAGCUUUGGGGUGAUAUUGUGGGAGCUUGCAACUGAAAAGAUCCCGUGGGAUACUCUCAAUGCAAUGCAGGUUAUUGGCGCUGUAGGGUUUAUGAACCAUCGGUUAGAAAUUCCGGCAGAUGUUGAUCCGCAGUGGGCUUCUAUAAUGGAGAGCUGCUGGCAUAGCGAUCCGGCUCAGCGACCAACAUUCCAGGAACUUGUGGAAAGGCUCAGGGAAAUGCAGAGACGACAUGCCAUUCAGCUCCAGGCGGCUCGUUCUGCCAGCGGUGGAAGCAAUCAGAAGGAAUCUUAAGACACAGCCCCCUUUGAGAUGGUUUCUUUUUUGUCACUCGUGGCUAAUGCGUAAGGAUUUUUUUGCACAUUGAUGAUGAGUUGAUGAGGUGUACAAGUAGCUUGUCUCACGGUUUGGCAGUGUUGCAGGUUGGCAUUCUUGUUCAUCAAUGUUUACCGAGGAGUCGUAUUAAAUGAUAAAAGAGAAGUAGGAAAAGGGUUAGAAACUAGUUUAUGGUCCUUUUGUGUUUCUAUGAUGGCACCAUCUUCAAUUGAUUAGUGAUGCACUGAUGCUUAUGUUUGGAGUCUUCUUGUGUAUAGAGGUUUCUCAUUAUCAUCAUUGUAAUCUUAUAUGGACAAAGUUUGUGACAUCUUUUCUUUAGCUGUAAAGAAACUUAGAGAAAACUGAAAAGAAAAGUGCUUUGGUAUUACUCAUAGUUACAUGAAUCCACCAAUUAAGUAGCAUUUCAUAUACCAAAUUACCAAUUCAUCUGCAUACCAAUACGUUAUAUGUAUAUUUUUUACAUAAAAUAUUUUAUAUAUGGGGUAUCGCGUAUCGCACACCCGUUCUCAUAGCGAAAUCUAUUGCCGAAAUCUAUUGUUUUUAAUGUAACUAUGGUAUUACUAUAGAGAUAGGG